GGAAACGACCACAGCUUUCUCUCAAAAUAAAACCGCACCCCUCCUCCUGUCUCCUCCAACCCUCUUGCCUGCGCCCCCUCCUCCCUUCGUCUCCGCCGCCGCCGCCGCCUCCUCCUCGCCGGAACCCUAAAUGGACCCCGGCGCCGGCGCGCACUACUCCGCCCGUACCGCGGAGGAGGUCUUCCGCGACUUCCGCGGCCGCCGCGCGGGCAUGAUCAAGGCCCUCACCAACGAUGUGGAGAAGUUCUACCAGCUGUGCGACCCCGAAAAGGAAAACUUGUGCCUUUAUGGCUACCCCAACGAAACAUGGGAAGUAACUUUGCCAGCAGAGGAAGUUCCUCCGGAGAUCCCUGAACCAGCUUUGGGUAUAAACUUUGCUAGGGAUGGCAUGAAUGAGAAGGAUUGGUUGGCGCUAGUUGCUGUUCAUAGCGAUUCCUGGUUACUAGCUGUUGCAUUCUACUUUGCGGCCCGGUUUGGGUUUGACAAAGAGGCCAGGCGGCGACUCUUCAACAUGAUAAAUAACUUGCCCACGAUAUUUGAAGUAGUGACUGGGGUUGCCAAGAAACAAAACAAGGAGAAGGGCCCCAAUAGUACCAGCAAAAGCAACAAACCAAGUUCGAAAAUGACAUCAAGACCCGAGUCUCAUUCGAAGGCGACAAAAGUGGCAGCGCCCCCCAAGGAUGACGAUGAUGAGAGCGGUGAAGAAUAUGAAGAAGAGGAAGAGCGUGAUAACACCUUAUGUGGAUCCUGUGGGACAAAUGAUGGCAAGGAUGAAUUCUGGAUCUGUUGUGAUAGUUGUGAGCGGUGGUACCAUGGGAAGUGUGUUAAGAUCACACCUGCGCGUGCCGAGCACAUCAAGCACUACAAAUGCCCAGAUUGCAGCAACAAGAGGGCAAGAGCCUAGCGUCAAGCCCUUUUGUGACCCUGGAGUGAAGUAAGCGCCAAAUCAUUGAUGUCUGCAGAUAUAUGCCUAGGCCUAGCUGUCUAGCUUGUAGACUUGCUUUUCAUUUCAAAUGAACGCUGUUGAUUGACUCGGUUGCCCGCAGCAGCUCAUGUUGCUUGGGCUUAAUUGUGUUUAAUGUUUUAUAAGCGGUGGUUGUUGUAGGACCAGGCAGUCUUGCAGACGUGUGAUAGACGUUUUUGGACUUAACUGACCGUUUCUACAUUGCUAAUCUAGUUCCAGUUGAUCGUUGACAUU